CAAUUUCCAGUGGUAGCCAUUGUUCUCAUCUUCAAAAAGAAUGGCGAAGAUAACACGAGCAACGCCAUUGCUUAUCUUAGCAGUGCUAUCCUCCCUUCUCCUCUGUUCAGCCUGCCCAACCUGCCCUUAUCCGGUUCCUUCAACUCCACCACCAAAACAUCAUCCCCCGCCGCCGCCGCCGCCGAUCCAUCCUCCCCCUCCUCCACCAAAGCCCUCACCGCCGCCGCCACAGCAAACCCCCUGCCCGCCGCCACCGAAGCCAACCCCAUCACCACCGAAGCCAAGCCCGCCGCCGCAGUCCACGUGUCCCAUCGACGUGCUGAAGCUGGACGCAUGUGUGGACGUGCUUAGCGGGCUUAUCCACAUAGGCAUCGGGCCGUCUGCCGGCGAAGCUUGCUGCCCGGUGGUGAAAGGGCUGGCCGGGCUGGACGCGGCUCUGUGCCUUUGUACGGCCAUAAAGCUCAACCUUUUGAGCAUCAGCUUACUAAUCCCACUGGCUCUCGAGGUUCUCGUUGACAACUGCGGCAAGUAUGUGCCGGCUGAUUUCCAGUGCCCGGCUUAAUUAAACCCGACCGAUCGGCCCGGCCCGGCCGCUGCUGCUAAUUUGAACCGUUUGUGCUUAGUGAGUAGUGAGUAGUGACUAGUCACCAAUGAGUGACUUUUAAGAGAGAGGUAAUUAGUCCAUAAGAUAUGGAUGGAAAUGAAUUUGCUUCUGCUUUAAAUUGUUGCUUGGAGUGUAAUAAUAAAAUGUAAUAAAUCGUGCAUCAUAAAUGUGUGAUUUCUAAGAUUUUGAGCUCA